GGACGAUAGUAUACGCGCCAACGCGGAGGACUGCGGGUCGCGGCGACAUGGCGGAGGCAGGUGAGGGAGCCGCCAAAGGCGUGGAGGCACGCACCUUAUGGGCGCUCAACAGGCUGAUUGUGCUGUUGGGCAUCAGGCCAGAGAAGGCGGACAAGUUCGUAAGUGGUUUCACCAGUGAGGAGGCCUCCGCCAGGGCGAUUGCUCGCUUUAUGGACGACCCGGAAUGCCCUGCAUGCUACUUUGCGCCCACCAGCGAGUCGGUGUCAUGCACCACAGACCUUCCUUCGGCUCAGCAAAUGAGAAAGAAGGUUGUAGCCAUGCACAGGGCCAGUCCAGAAGUCCAAAUUUCAAAGGAAAAUUUGGCAGAAUCCGUCAUUCUCAUGGAGAUGACCAAGAAUGUCAUGGACCUGCUGAACAUGUACUGUCAGUCAGUGUACCUCUCCACACUCACCAACCCUGCCAAUCAGGCUGGUUGGUCAGACCUGAUAGCCAAGGACCUCAUGGACAAGUACCACGUCUUCCUGGCAAGCUUGCAUGUGACUGUUGGCUUGAUGAAGGGACACACAUGGUUGCCCCACCCUCCACGAGAUGCCUUGCCAACAAGUGGAGGAAUGGCGGCUGCCGGUGGGGGUGCAGGCUCAUCAGGAGGAAAAGACAAGGUCCACGUACUCGAGGGAGCGGUGAUUACAUGGACCAAGCAGAUCCGCCAUGUAUUGAAACAGGAUCCUGAAGUGCUUCUCAAGGAUGGCAAGAAUCCUGAACCAAGCGCCGAGCUAAAAUUCUGGCGAAGUAAGGCUGCAAACUUGAAUUCAAUCCACUCACAGCUAGGUAUGGAUGCGCUCAAAAAGGUGCUGAAGUUCCUCGAAACCAACAAGAGUACCUACACUGCGCCCUUCUCAAAGCUUCAGAAGGAAGUGGAAGAAGCUCGAGAGGAGGCCAACGACAAUGUAAAGUUCCUUGCAAGCCUCACCAAGUCCAUCGAUAAACUCACCAGCGACAGUGCUGACUUUGAGCAGCUUGAGCACUUGUUCGAGCCAAUCCUUCACAACAUCCUGCUCAUUUGGCGCUACUCCAAAUUCUAUACAACGCCAACUCGCCUGGCCGUUCUGAUCCGGGAGAUUUGCAAUUCCAUCAUAGCGCAAGCUGUCCGGUACAUCAACGGGGGUGACAUUUUCACCAUGAUCUCGUCGGAGGAGACGGUGGAGUGCUACGCCAAGCUGGAGAACACCUACCGGAUUUGCACAGCUUUCAAGGACUGCUAUUUGCUCUUCCGUGACAUCGCAGCCAACCAAGAUGGGACAGGUUGGAAGAUGAAGAAUGAUGCUUUGUUUGUCCGGCUUGACUCGUUCCGGGACCGAUGCCGGGAUGCUUUGGACUUUACCCGCACGGUGAUCCAAUUCUCCAAGCUGGAGCGCGUGGAGAUCGGCGGAACCAAGGGCAAGGUUCUCUCAGACUGCGUGCUGGCCAUCCGGGAGGAGUUCAUGAAAUGCGUAGAGACUUUCAAGAGUGUCUCCUAUGACAUCAUGGAUGUGGGUGAGAUCCAGUUCGAACAUGAUUACUUCCAAUUCCGGAUGACUGUGAAGGACUUGGACAGACGAUUGGGAAGCCUUCUGGCAUCGGCCUUCGACGACUUGGACACCAUCAGCAUGCGCAUCAAACUCUUUGAUAUCUUUGAGGGCUUGCUGGAGCGUCCCAUCAUCCAAGCAGAGCUUGAGAAGAAGCACAAGAUGUUGCUGCACCAAGUGGAGCAAGACCUGACGGCAGUUGAGACGGGCUUUGUUGAAGCAAAGGACAAGGUUGAUCAGUGCUUCGACGAUGCGCCCAUCUUUUCCAACCUGCCGCCGGCUGCGGGUGCCAUCUUUUGGGCGCGCUGCUCCCGGCAUCGAAUCAACGAUCCAAUGAACAAGUUAGCCUUUUACAACCUUGCCUUAAGGGAAACACCGGAAGAGUUCCGAGAAGUUAAAAAGCAGCACCAGACUCUUGACAAGAUGCUCCAGGAUUAUGAGCUUCAACGCUACCAGACUUGGGAGCAGACCUCAGUGGAAGCAGCCAAAGAGAAGCUGAAGAUGAGGCUCCUGCGAAGGCAAGAGAAAUCUGGCCUGCUGAAAGUCAACUUCGACCCUGCCCUUGUUAGACUACUUCGUGAGGUACGCUUCUUCUUGAUCUUCGACAUCGAAGUGCCUCCUGCAGCUUUGGAGAUGUUCAGUCGAGUUGCCACGUACCGGCAAUGGGUUGCCCAGUUGGAUCACAUCGUGGGCAUGUACAAUGCAGUUCUGACAGAGCUUCUGCCAGUGGAGGAGCCCUUGCUAGAGGACCGCAUUGCAAAGAUGGAUCAGGUGUUGUCACCUGGCCUGACUGAACUCAAGUGGAAGAGUGAAGACAAAAUCCCAGAGUUCAUUGAGAACACAAUGCGCGUGGUCAGUGACGUGUCUGGCGUAGUGGAGAUCAUGAAGGGCAACUUGCGCUCCAUCUCCGGUAUCCUCUCCCAGUGGUGCAAGGAGCCGAUCAUUUCACGUGCCAAAGGCUCCAAGCCAAUGGCGCUGGAUGAGUUUGACCUGAAGCACAAAGAGCGUGUCGGCAUGCGCAUGAUGACCCAGUCUGAGGGCGGCAAAGAGAUCCACAAGUUCGUGAAGGACUCCUCUGAGGCUUUGAAAGUGUCGAAGGUGGCCGCCAAUUGGAAAGCUUAUGUGGACUUUG